GCGAAACUUUCACACCUACGUAGCUACCUUAGUCGACACCGUCUGUUCAAUGACAGAAAUGUCACCAAAUUACAAUUAGUCUUUGUGUUGACCUAAUUCAAAAUUCUGGCAACUAUAUAUUCCAGAUAAGUAUAAAAACAGCGGUCCGGUGAGGAUUGGAAGUUAGGUAAUUAUUCACGGAGCGAAGAUGGCUGCGCCACCUGACAGCCGUCAACCUUCAGUUCCCAACCUUAAAGAGCAGGAGCAGAGCCGGGAUGGGAAAAAGAAGCCAUGUAGAACCUGUACGGACUUUAAAUCGUGGAUGAAGCAGCAGAAACAGCAGUCCGUGGCUUUACAUCAUGAAAGCCAGGCUGCAGAAGUGGAGCACCAAGACCCACAGUGUCCCCUGGACAGGGAAGAGUUGGGGCGAAACUCUUGGUCCUUGUUGCACACGAUGGCGGCAUAUUACCCUGAUCAACCAUCAUCGACUCAACAGCAGGAAAUGAAACAGUUCAUCAACCUCUUCUCCCAUUUUUAUCCCUGUGAAGAUUGUGCAGAAGACCUCAGAAAUAGAUUGAAAACCAAUCAGCCGGAGACCAGCAACCGCAGCACACUCUCCCAGUGGCUCUGUCAUCUUCACAACGACGUGAACGCACGUCUGGGAAAGCCAGAGUUUGACUGCUCGCGCGUGGAUGAGCGAUGGAAGGAUGGCUGGAAAGAUGGCUCCUGCGACUGAAUGAGCUGAAGGAUUCAGGGAUGCAGCUGCUAUGAAGGAAAAAAAACAACUCCGGACCGCAAACCUCCUCAGUAGCUUUUGUGUUUGUGAAUCAUGUGACUAUUUGCUUUGUGUUUAGAUGGCAUAAUUAUUGUUGCUUUCAAAUAAAAGCCUGGACAAAAAGAA